GCGAGGGGGAUCACGUGUCCGGCCCAAGAUGGCGGCGCCCGGAGCGACCUUCCGCCGCUUGCUGUUGCUGCGUCGGUCGCUGCCGGUGGCGUUUGCCGCUCGGCCUUACGGUGUGCGGGCCUCCGGUACCGGCGAGCUGGUGACGCACACCGGGCAGGUAUAUGAUGAAAAGGAUUAUAGAAGAGUUAGAUUCGUUGGACGGCAAAAGGAGGUGAACAAGAAUUUUGCAAUUGAUCUGAUAGCAGAGCAGCCUGUGAGUGAAGUUGAAAGCAGGGUGAUAUCAUGUGAUGGUGGUGGUGGAGCUUUGGGACAUCCUAAAGUGUACAUAAACUUGGACAAAGAUACAAAGACUGGAACAUGUGGCUACUGUGGACUUCAGUUUAAACAGAAACAUCACUGAAAGAUUGUCCCUGCAUGCUUGCAGAUUUCUGUUCAGAUGUUAAUGUUUAACUAUAAAUAAACAAUACAUGUUUAGAAACCCAA